AUGCAGUACAAUGGAAAACGAGAAAAAGAACUCUAUUAUCCUUUAUCACGAAGGAAAUUUGCUCAUCUUAAACGAGCAAAUGGGUAUGAGAAUAAUUCACUUUUUAUUACGUAUGAAGAACAAAGAAACAAGAUUAUAAAGGCAAGUGAAUUCAGACCUUUUUCCUCCGUGCCACCAAAACUUCUUCUAGAGGUGGUCGACCUGAACUCGGUGGAUGAGGCUACUCCUUCAAGACCAAGAAGUUUAGGGCUGAAAUUCCUAGACAAAGUCUCUGAUUCUGUUUUGACAGGGAAGGAAUUUAAAGGAAAAGAAGGCAACCUCAUUAGAGUUUCCUUAGUUGAUAAUGUAACCGGGAAUCCUGUUGUCUCAGGGCCUGAAGCCUCAGCGAAGGUGGAGAUAUUAAUUCUCGAGGCAGGUCCUAAUGAUAAUGCACAUAAUGAGAGUCUUAAAGACUUCAAUAACACCAUUAUUAGAGAAAAUGAAAAGAAGAAGCCUCAUUUUCCUAAACCUGUCUAUGUAUAUCUCGAUAAAGGCAUUGGCGUAUUGUCAAAAGUCAAGUUAGGACAGGAUUCUUGCUGGACGAAGAGAUGCGAAUGCAGGCUAGGGGCAAGAAUGGUGGAUAAAUUCGAUGGAAGUAUGGUGAAAGAAGCAUGGACAGAGUCAUUUAUGGUCCUAGAUAACCGCGGCAAAUUGAAUAAGAAGCACUACCCACCAUCUCUUUUGGAUGAGGUAUGGAGAUUAGUCAACAUUGGUAAAUAUGGUGCUCCACAUAAGCGUCUGCAUGAUGCGAGGAUUUCUACUGUACGGGAUUUUCUGUCUUUACUCUCUAUUGAUCCUCAGAGGCUCCAAAAGAUACUUGGCAUAGGUGCUCAGAAAUGGAAGAACACGGCGGAUCAUGCUCGUCAAUGUAUCAUUGACGAUAGAAGUAUAUGCUUAUACAACUCUCCCGCUGAAUAUAAAACUGGUGUGGUUUUUGAUACUGCAAGACAAUUUAAAGGGGUACUCCGUAACAACCAAUUUGUUCCCAUUGAAAGCGUAUACGAGGCUGAGAAGGCUGAGGCACAGAAGUUACUAGCAUCUGCUUUUGAAAAUCAGAGUGAUAUAAGGUAUUUUGGUGAUGAGACUUCUUUUCGGCAUCAGUUUCCCUGCAUAUCCAAUGACAAAAAUGCCACCAACUCCUCUGGGCUGGACGGUUAUAUUGAUCGAAAUGAUCCUACACAGCCAGUUACCUCGUCUCAGGGAAUUGGCUCCUUUUUCUACCCAACUGAACAGCACUCUCUCUCUCUCUCUCUCUCUAAAGAUAUGGCGUUUUUACUCAGCAAAACUGCACUCUCUAAACUUCGAUUGCAUUCACAGAAGGCUGAUGAUUCGUUAAUGCUAUCAAGUCGUGGAUAUCACGUCGAACCUGGAGCUCGUGAGAAGGCUCUCUUGGCCGAGGACCCAGCACUAAAGCACUUCAAAUCACAUAAGAAAAGUGUGCGGCGCUUAAAAGUAGUAGGAGAUGCUCUCACAGUGCUAGCUGUAGCUGGAUGCUGCUAUGAGAUUUAUGUUAAAGCAGUAAUACGAGAAGAAGCCCGUAAUCAGGCAAAGGAAAAUGCAUAA